CCGUUGGUCAUGUUCGAUUUUCGGGUAUUGUCGGAAAUUGUUAACCUACGGACAUUGACGACUGAGUAUUGGAUAACGUCAGUGUCGAAAAGUUGUAUACGCGAAUAUAUUUCGAUUUACAAUUUUCGAAUCGAUAUGUCUAAAGAAAUCCAAGGUAAUUCUGUGCAAUUAAGUACUUUUCUUAAGUGGUCCGUAGGUGAUGUGAUUUCUUGGAACAGCGAAACCCAAACGCGGACAGGAAAUGGUCGUCAGGAUUUCGUGCAAGUUGUGUGGAAAACACGUGGAUAAAAUAAAAAAGGACUCAAAAAUCCGUGGCCAAAUUCAAAAAGAGGUAGAAGUGUUUGCCACAGGAACGACAAAUGUGAAGAAGCAUGCUAUUGACAGGCAUUUGGGCAGUGCAGCACAUCGUGUGGCUAUAGAUUACGAACAUUUAUUGGGUGAUGAAGAUUGUAUAGUGGGCGAUACUCCUAUACUGUCAGCAUCUACACCACGAAGCCAACCGGCAAUUGACAUUUCAUUAAACCAAGCAUCCAGAGACGCAUACAAGGAAUUAUUAAAAACUGCAUACCAAAUAGCAGUUGAUGGCUUGCCACUCCGUACGUUUACGUCAUUUAUUCAAGUUCAAAAAGAAAAUGGUGUAGUUAAUUUCGGGCUGUGAUUCCCCUCAGAAGGCUGUUGAAUUUAUAAACUAUAUUGCCAAUCAACAGAGAAUUGCCAUUAAUAAAAUCCUGAGUUGCAGCAUCUGCUUCUGUUUUGAGUGAUGGUAGUCAGGCCAGGAAGACAGGAUGUGAGGAGGAGUUGGUUUUCGUUCGAGUUGUUCACAAAGGCAAACCUGUAUACUUCUGCAUUGGACUGCAAGAUAUGGAUACAUAUGGUGCAGCUAAUGCGGAAAACCUGAAGCAGGCAAUAGAUGAUGUUUUCAUCAAGGCCAUCAAGCUCUCUGAAGAACAAUACUCAAAUGCUCUAAUCUCAGCAGCUGCAGAUGGUGCCUCUGUAAAUACUGGGGUUUACUCAGGACUUCUUGCACGAUUGUCACAAACACGACCAUGGAUGGUGAAUAUUCACUGCAUUUCCCACAGGAUUGAAUUAGCAGUAAAAGAUGCCAUGCUUGAUACCAAAAGAAGCAAAGCAUUCUCUGAUGUUCAGCAAUUCAUGAUAACGUUGUACUACCUGUUCAAGAAAUCUCCGAAGGUCAGCCGACAUUUACAUUCAACAGCAGAAGCAUUGGAUGUACAAGUGUACAAGGUGAAAAAAGUCCACGGUACCAGAUUUGUCUGCCAUCAGUUACUAGGACUACAGUCUCUGAUAAAUGAUUGGGUUGUGCUUGCUCUAUCUGUGGAGAACUCCUUGGCAUCGAAAAACAAAACAACAACACAAUUACCUGGUAUCCUGCAGAAGUUGAGGAAUGUCACCUUUCUUGUAACAUGUUGCUACUUUAAGAAUGUCCUAGAUGCCAUCACACCACUGUCUUUGUCCUUUCAAAGAGGGGACAUCAUGGCUUAUGAAGUUCUGUACCAAGUGCAAAGAACGCAAUCAAGAAUACAAGAUCUGAUUGAUGAGGAGGCCAUAUCUGUAAAAGGAAUCUUAUCAUCCAUUGGCAAUGAAUAUGAUGAAACAGAAUUGACAAUUAGCCGAAGUUUGCCAAAACAGGGACAUACAAGGAGGAACAUUGUUAACAGAGAAUACAACAAGGUAUCAUACACAAACAUGUUCAAACCAACUGGGGCCAUUGAAGCUGUAAAAAGCAUCAAGGAAAAAGUCUUGCCAGAACUGUUGAAAUGUAUGGUUACCAGAUUUUCAAGCUUUGACGCAGAUAUCUAUAGACAUAUGCAAUGGUUAGAUCCUGCAAAUUGGGAUGAAGAUGAUGUGACUGCAGAAGUCAAACCUCUUCUCCAGUUAGCAUCACAUUUCCAGGAAAGAAAAAUGCAUGAAAUCGAUUACUUUGCUGUCAAGAGGGAAUGGAAGGAUUUGAGAAAUGCUGUGAAACAUUUUUACAUUAAUCUGCAGAUGAAACAGUUGUGGCAGAAAAUUAUGACCUACAGAAGAACUGAUUUCCCCAACAUCUGUAGAUUGGUGGAAAUAGUUUUCUGCAAUGGCCCCAGCAACAGCACUGUGGAGGCUGGAUUCAGCCACCUCACUGCCAUGCUAUCGGACAGACGUCUCUCUCUUAGCCACAAAACGAUGGAAGACCUGUUACUGCUUAAAGUGAACCAUCAUAUCUUCACUGACACCGAACAGGAGAAGAUAAUCAUUUCAGCCUUGGAUUCAUUUCUUUCAACCAAAAAACGAAAGUUGAAGCUUGACAACACCCAUCAAACAAAACAACCGUGCAUGGAUCUUGACAUUGAUGAUGAUAUUGGAGUCCAUUUUGGAGUUGAAGUUGAACAAUUGGAAGAUGAUGACAUGUUCAUUGAUAACACUGAAGACUGUGAGCUAGACUAUUUUUCUGAGAGUGAGCCAGAGGAAUGUUUUGAGGUUGAAACUGCAGAAUAAAUUUAAAAAAAACUAACAAUAAAAUAUGCAGUGAAAACAUAUUUUCUUUAUUUCAAUGACUGUGUUAGUAUUAAAUGUAUUAUAAAAGGAACUUCGUUGUUUGCUGAUGGUGCAUCACAUUAAAUCUCUCAACAGACUUCUCCUCAAUCUAGAUAUCUUGGAUCUUUAGUAAGU